GGUGAAUGUUGAGGGGAAAGAUGAGAAGGUGAAAAUACAAGUUGAAUAUCAGUGGAAGCCCAAAGUGUGCCAAAGUUGCCAUAUAUUCGGCCAUAAUGAGUCCACAUGUCCUAAGAUGGUGACAAAGACCAUUUGGAAGCCUAAACAUUCCCAAAAGGAAUCUCAUCCUCUUGCUGCUGGCAAUGGCAAGGAAAUCAUAUCCAAUGAGGUGGAACCAACAACGGAGAUGGUCAUGUCAAAAGAGAAGCCUCCAUUAGAUCAUGGAUGUAGCAUCAAUAGUGAAAUUGGUGUUGCUAUACUCAGGCAACCCAUUCAUAGACUAUAG